CCGCCAUCUUGUUGGGGGAGCGCGGUCUGCUGCACCCAUGGCUCGGGGAGGGGACACGUCAGUGCCGCCAGCGGCGUCAUAGGCCCAGCCCUGCCCGCUGGCACACGAUUGGCUGCCGCGGCCGCUUACGAGUCGGGCUUCCUCGUCUGCUCCGCGUGGUCAGGGCAACUUGCUCUUUUCCUCUCGGCAGAGAACAGGCGAUGGCGGCGAUGGCAUCUCUCGGCGCCCUGGCGCUACUCCUGCUGUCCGGCCUCUCUUGCUGCUCAGCAGAGGCCUGCCUGGAGCCCCAGAUCACUCCUUCCUACUAUACCACAUCGGACGCUGUCAUUUCCACUGAGACAGUCUUCAUCGUGGAGAUCUCCCUGACAUGCAAGAACAGGGUCCAGAACAUGGCUCUUUAUGCUGAUGUUAGCGGAAAACAAUUCCCCGUCACCCGAGGCCAAGAUGUGGGCCGUUACCAGGUGUCCUGGAGUCUGGACCACAAGAGCGCCCAUGCAGGUACCUAUGAGGUCAGAUUCUUCGAUGAAGAGUCCUACAGCCUCCUAAGGAAAGCUCAGAGAAAUAAUGAGGAUGCUUCCAUCAUCCCGCCCCUGUUCACAGUCAGCGUGGACCAUAGGGGCACCUGGAAUGGACCAUGGGUCUCCACUGAGGUACUGGCUGCAGCGAUCGGUCUGGUGAUCUACUACCUGGCCUUCAGUGCAAAAAGCCACAUCCAGGCCUAAGGGCAGCUCCCCUAGCCCUCCUGUUUCUUUCAAUAAACAGUCACUAUUUGCCAUGACUACAUUC